AUGCUUCUGCUUCUUAUCGGUGUAAUUUUAAAAGUGUCUCGUUCAUGUGCUGUCGAUAUCGCCAAUUGUCCCUAUGAAGAGACGGUAAAUCUAUCAAAUUACGCGUCCCAGGCAAAUGGCUCAAUAUUCUAUCAGAAUAUCGAAAUAACGAAAGCCUGGCAAGGUUAUUACGAUUACGAACAAUAUUUUAACGGAGUAAAUGUUAAUGUGGCCAUGCAUUUAAGAGGAUGUGUUUGCAAAUUUAAAAAAUGCAUUAAAUUAUGUUGCCAACGAAGUGAAUUGAUAAAUGGCAACGGUCAGUGUAUCACAAAUAUCGGUGCGAACUCAUCGCAUUCAUCGGACUUUAUUAUAAUCACUCAAACAAAUGGAGAAUUCAAAAAAGUCGAUAUCUUUAAUCAUUUCAUCUGGCAAAUGGGGAGACCAUGCAAUCGAGUAGCGCAAUUUCAUUCCACUGCCCAAUCAAAUUGGUCCUUACUAGAAAAUGGAACGUUGAAAGUAAGAAGAAUUGAACAGUCCAUGUAUUAUACAACACGAGAUUAUUGCUUAAGUCAAGUUUAUGAUGUUCAUGAUAAUGAAUACACAUAUGAACCGUUUAGUUGCCUGAUUUUAAAUCCAUCUUGGGAUGUUUUCAUUAAGAAGUAUGCGAUGCUUAUAUCGAUAAUAUUUUUUAUACCAACGAUAUUAAUUUAUCUCAGCUUCAAAGAGCUGCACGGCAAUUUAGGCGGAAAGUUAUUGAUUUCUUAUUUGAUUUCUUUAACCAUGAGCUAUAGCGUUAUUUGUUAUAUCAAUUUCACGACUGGAGCGAUAAGUCCUCCCGCCUGCUUAAUAUUGGGUUACGCUGGAUACUUUUUUGUGAGAGCUGCAUUUUUUUGGCUUAGUAUUUUAAGUUUCGAUAUUUGGCGUAAUAUAAAGGAAAAUCUCCAAACAGGUAUAAAAUCGCAUAAUAAACUUUACUGGCUUUACUCUCUAUCAGUUUGGGGAGCUGGCUUACUAUGCACGAUGCUAACAGCUUUGGCUGAAUGGUCUGAAAUUGAUAAUUGUUGGAAGCCUGGUAUUGGCACUAAACACUGCUGGCUUGAUGUUUCAAAAUGGUCCGCCAGUAUUUACUUUUAUAUACCGAAUAUGAUAAUUUUUUUGUUUAAUGUUAUAAUAUUUUUUAAUAUUAUAUCUAAAAUCAAUCACUUAAAUCGCAAUCUAACUGCAUUCUGCGCAAAACGACGUUCGCAAAGAGACAAUGCUUUACUCAUUUUACGGUUAUUUCUUAUUAUGGGCGUUUCCUGGCUAUUGGAUAUCAUAUCUUAUUUACUGCGAGAUUAUGUAGCUGCACACUAUUUAUUUUAUUUGGCUGACUUUUUUAACGCCAUCCUGGGAUUUUUUAUAUUCAUAUUAUUUAUUAUAAAGCGUCGAGUCUUCCAACUAUUUCAACAACGAUUAUCUGAUCAAGGAACGUCAACGCAUUUUUCAAGAAGUAACAGGUAG